GUUACUGUGUACUGAUAAGGUUAGAGACCACAAAUAAGAAGAAUUUAGUAUAUUUAAAAUUGACAAAAAUGACAUUGACGUAUGGGUGUUGACAUUUUGUGUUGUGAUCAUUGCGCUUUUGUAAAAAACAGCAAUUUAAUUUCUUUGAACAAUAUUUUAAAAGUUAUAAGGGAAAUAAUUAAAAUGGCUCACUACAAAGGAGCAGCUAGCGAAGCCGGCAGGGCCAUGCAACUCAUGAAGAAACGUGAAAAAGAAAUGCAGGACUUGGAGAUCAGGAAGAAGAGAAUUGAAGACGAUUUAAAAUUAAAUAAUAUAGAAAAUAAGUUUGCAACUCAUUAUGAUGCAGUUGAACAACAACUCAAAAGUUCUACGAUCGGACUUGUGACCCUCGAUGAAAUGAAAGCAAAGCAAGAAAAUAUCGUCAAAGAACGAGAGAAAAAAUUAGCCCAGAAACAGGCUGAAAAGGAAAAAGAGAGGUUGAGGCAGAUCGAAGCAAAGCAAGCGGAAAAAAAUAAACAAAAGAGACAGAUACAAGCUCUCUCAUUCAAUCUCGAUCAAGAUGAAAACGAUGAUGAUGAAGACGAAAGCAAGGAGGAAGAAGAAGAAAAGGAAGCCAAUGUAGCUUUUAAAAGAUCCACUGAAGAAAUUGAUAAAUCGAAUUUGAAGAAAAUUAAGAAAGAUCCCAACGUUGAUACUAGCUUUUUGCCUGAUAGAGAACGUGAAGAGGAGGAUAACAGACUAAGAGAAGAAUUGAGACAACAGUGGGCUGAACAACAAGCAAAACUAAAAGAAGAAGAUAUCGAUAUUACAUUUAGUUACUGGGAUGGUUCCGGGCACAGAAGAACAGUAAGAAUAAAGAAAGGUAAUUCUAUUUACCAAUUUUUGCAAAGGGUCUUGGAGUUACUAAGAAGGGAAUUUUCCGAACUGAAAACAGUCAUGGCCGAUCAACUUAUGUAUGUUAAGGAAGACCUAAUUUUACCUCACUCUUAUACAUUCUACGAUUUCAUUGUUACAAAAGCUAGAGGCAAAAGCGGGCCCCUUUUCCAAUUUGACGCUCAUGACGACAUUAGGCUACUAAAUGACGCUACCGUAGAAAAAGAGGAAUCCCACGCGGGCAAAGUUCUAUUAAGAAGUUGGUAUGAAAGGAACAAACACAUUUUCCCGGCCAGCAGAUGGGAACCGUACGAUCCAACGAAAACGUACGACAAAUACACAGUUUCAGAUAAAAUUAAAAAUAAGUCCUAAAAUUGUAAUCUAUAAUGAAUAAAUAGUGAAAAUUUAUUUGGUUUGUUU